AUGGAGUGGUUAACGAGCGCUGAGGGUCUGAAUGCCUGUCAGGAGCUGGAGGCGUCCGUUCGUGAGCACCACCCUCACUUGAGUGAUGAGGAAGUCGACCUCAUUGUGGACGGUCGUCUACUACGCAUGGUUCGGGAGCGCGCGGCGGAGCAAGCACCUGCGAGCGGCCAGCAAGGAGGAACCGGUGAAGGAGGAGCUGUGCACGAGGCUCCAAGUGCUGUGGGCGUUGUUGGAGGAGCUCUUGCACCGACCAUUGACACGGGAAUGAUCGGGGCGAGCUACGGUCAAUUCAAGUUUGGGGUAGAGCACAUCUCUACCCAGUUAGCCCAACUCAGGAAGGGAGAUGAUGAGACGGCGGAAUCCUACUGCAAUAGGGCCCGCACCAUCCGAGUGGAGCUGCUGACCAUUGGACAAAAGGUCCACACGCCCACGUUUGCCGCCCACGUGCUGAAAGGCCUACCACUGGAGUACGGAUUUCUUCGCCGCAAGCUCGAAAUUUCCAGCCCUGACAUGACGGUGGAACGCGUGUGCAGUGAGGUGUUGAUGGAGGAACAGACUCUCUCCAUCGAACAGAGUUACAAGCAGAUCACCAGCGAUGCAUCUGCUUUCUCGGGCGCUGUCAACACCACCGUGGCUACAACGGGGGUCAACGGGAAGGAAGGGAAAGGAGGAAGGGAGCAGAUGGACAAGAAGAAGGGUGGCAAGUGGGAGAAGAAGCGCCCCAUUCAAGGGGCACUGUUACAACUGCAACGAGGAGGGGCACAUGGCUGCCAACUCUUGGACAAGGGAGCAAAGCUGCAAACCGAGGAAGGUGUCACUCGCAUCAUCGCAUCAGGAGGUCAAGUGGCUGCAACGGCACGAUACCGCCAUCACCUUCACUGCCUUGACCUGAAACCGGGGCCAGCAAGGAACGGUGCAACGGCUGCAGCGGCAUGCAACGGUACGGCGGCUGCAGCGGCAUGCACCGAUAUGGCGGGUGGAGCGGCGAGCAACGGCUCAGGGGCUGCAUCGGCAUGCAACGGCAGGGCGGCUGCGGCGGCAUGCAUCGGCAGGGCGGCUGCGAUGGCAUGCAACGGCACAGUGGCUGCAGCAAUAUGCAACCAUACGGCGGCUACAGCGGCAUGCAAUGGCACGGCGGAUGAGGUGGCAUGCAACGGUAUGCCUAAGGCAUUUGCUGAGGUGGUGUCAAGAGCGCCGGAAGAGAAUGACGAAGCGGCCAGCCUCACAACAUAUGCGAUGGGGACCGAGGCGAUGCUCAACAUGCGGCACACUCACCCCGAGAAUGCAUAUGUGGCGAAGGUGCAGCAGCGGUUCUUCAAGGGGGCGCCACCGAAGAAGCAGCCGAUCACCCCUCUCUCCUCUACCAGCUUUGUCAUGGAGGAUGCUGAGCUGUUUGCCGAUCGCACCAUGACUGACCACCUUGCAGCAGGACAGAUUCAGGACAGUGUCUGCUAA